AUGGAUUCAGGAAGCGUGACUGCUUCCACAGAGGCAGAUAUUAUAAGUGAUUUGCUGAAGAAAUCUUUCUCUACUCGUCAACCGGGCAAGCAAAAUAUAAUUGUAAUGCAACAGCGAAUGCCAAAUUUACAAUCGACCACUGGGGAUAGAAGGUUUCAGGUGAGUUGGUACACAAAGAAAGAUUGGCUUUGUGUCAGUUUAACCAAGAAGGCAAUGUUUUGCUGGCCAUGUCUUUUAUUUUGUCCUGGAACUUCAUCAUCAUGGACGAAGACUGGCUUCAGAAAUAUGAAGGGCUUUCUGUCAGAUUGCAAGAAGCAUGAGAGGGCAGGAUUCCACAUGGCUGCUUACAAGACCUGGAAAACCUAUGGUUCUGGACCUCGUGUGGACUCUCACUCACAAGCCAGACGUGACGAGAUUCAGCGUCAUAAUGAGGAGGUAAGGCAAAAUAGAGAAAUGUUUAAAAAUGUAACACAAGCUGUUCUAUAUUUGUCUAGGCAAGAGCUUGCAUUUAGAGGUCAUGAUGAAUCUAACGAUAGCUUGAACAGAGGGGAAUACAGGGAAUUGCUUGAACGUUUUGCCAGAAUGGAUUCUGUUUUUGAAAGGCAGUUACAUGGUAGGCUUGCCGAAUCGAGCUUGAGAGGGGGUGGGCGGUUUACUGGAGUUUCCCCUGAUAUUCAAAAUGAUUUGAUUAAUUGUCUUGAUAUGAUAAUUGAUAUGAUUGCACUUUUUUGAGUAUACAGGUUGAUGAGGCGACUGAUGUAUCCACCAAAGAGCAGUUGUGUAUGAUCGUUCGUCUGGAUAAAGGGAGUGAUAUUAUAGAAAGGCAACAUGGGUUUGUAGAUGUUAGUUCCAACAGAACUGCAACUACUUUAUCGACAGUUAUUAAAUGUAAGUUGAUUCAGCAUGAAAAUAUCAUGGAUAAGCUUAUUGGACAAACUUAUGAUGGUGUCAUAAUGUCGGGUCAUCUCAAUGGUGUUCAAGCUCAAAUACAACGGGAAUAUCCUUUUGCCCAUUUUGUUCAUUGUGCAGCUCAUAGGCUGAAUCUUGUAUUGUGUCAAGCUGCAUCCUCUUUUGCACCUGUGAAGAGAUUUUUUAUUAACAUAUGUGCUUUUUGUACUUUUACUAACAAUGCUCCAAGGAGGAAAGCAUUUCUGUCUUCCCAUAACCUUGAGUUUCCCAGUCCUGGUGAUACACAGUGGUACUAUAGAGCUCGUGUCAUCAAUGUUUUGUAUAAUAAUUAUGAGAAACUUAUAGAAAUAUUUGAAAAUAUUGUUGACAAUCCAACAGGUUGGGAUGAUGAAACAUUGAAUAAGAUGACUGGUUUACUUGGUUACCUUAAUGGAUUUUUGUUUUGUUUUUUGGUGUUAAUUUUUCAGAAGAUUUUAGAGCAGUCAUCUAUACUUUAUUCCAUCUUGCAAGACAAAAAUACUGAUUUUCAAUGUGGGAUGAAAUUGAAACUGAGAGUUAACGGCAGGUACAAAACGCAGGUUGGAAUUUUGCAGGUUGGGAAUUUUGCAGGUUGGAGUUUUGCAGGUUGGGGAUUUUGCAGGUUGGAAUUUUGCAGGUUGGAAUUUUGCAGGUUGCCAGGAACUUUGCAGGUUGACAAUGCAUGCACUUAUAUAAGUUAUAAUUAGACCACUUUUUUUAGUAUUCUAUAGUAAAUUUAGUUGUAUAUUUAUUGCAAUCUGACUCCUUAUCGGCGCUUUUGAUAUCAGCCUAUCCUGCUGCCAUGUUCCUAGCCUCUGCUCUAAGGCUAGUGGCCAUCACCCCCGUGAAAGCAUUCAAAAUGACCAGAUUGGCUUGGACCUACAGGGAGACAAAUGUUUUGAUUGUUGCGAGGUGCCUACAUGGCGUGGCGGCGUUUACACUAGAAUGUUAUUAAAAGUUAACUAACUCUCUAGUAAUGAUACGGUAAUUGGCAAUUCCAGCUUUUAAUUUAUGCGCGCAGGGGGUGAAUGGAAGUAAGGUGUCAUAUUGCUGAUUAUGCCGAAAAAUUUCAAUAAAAACUGCCAAACAACCUAAAUAUUUCAAUAUUUAGAAGUACAAGCUAUCACUCAUUUUUAUUUUUUCAGCAUAAUCAGCAAUAUGAUACCUAACUUCCCAUCCUCCCCUGCAUGCAUAAUUUGCAAAAAUUAAAAGCUGGAAUUGCCUAUUGGGGGCUUGAGUGGACUUCUCAUAAGUGGGUGCAGAGGAGAGACACCUCAUUCAGGCAUUUUCUGAACUGGCACCACAUCAUGUAGGCUCCUCGCAACAAUCGAAACAUUCGUCCCCCUGAAGGUCCAAGCCAAUCUAGUCAUUUUGAAUGUUUUAACGAAGGUGAUGGCCACUCUUUAGAGCAGAGGCUAGGCACAUGGCAGCAGGAUAGGCUGAUAUAAAAACCGACAAGGAGCCAGACUGCAAUAAGUACACAAUUCAAUUAUACUAGUCAGAAUACUUUAUAGUGGUGUAUCGUUUGCAUCAUCAACCUGCAAAAACCCCUGGCAACCUUGCAUCAUCAACCAGCAAAAUUCCUGGCAACCUGCAAAAUUCCAACCUGCAAAAUCCCCAACCUGCAAAAUUCCAACCUGCAAAAUCCCCAACCUGCAAAAUUCCAACCUGCAAAAUCCCCAACCUGCAAAAUUCCAACCUGCAAAAUCCCUAACCUGCAAAAUUCCAACCUGCAAAAUUCCCAACCUGCAACCUGCGUUUUGUACCUGCCGGAGAAUUACUUCUCUGAGAACAGAUGCCAAAUUUGAGAAUUACUUCUCUGAGAACAGAUGCCAAAUAUUCUGAGUUUUACGACAAAGCUGUUGAGAAAGUGGGCCCUCCAGUGACCAAGUAUGACCUAAAGCAUAAUUACAAACAAAUGUUUUUUGAAAUUCUUGAUUCCAUUGUAGGCAUGCUGACUGAGCAUUUUCACAAUAUGGAUCGUUUUAGGGUUCUUGUGAACCCAAGGGUAUUUAAGACUUGGAAUGGUGAAGUGCCCUCAGAGAAACUGGAUCUUCUCAAGGAAAUGUAUGGUGAUUUAUUUGACAUACCAAUGCUAGUCAGCCAACUUUGUUUUAUUUACAGGGAUAAGGACUUUCAUAAAGAUUCUUGUGGAGAGUUAUUGAAAUAUAUUUUUCAGUUCCAUCUGCAAUCUAGCAUUCCUGAAGUAGUAAAGUUGCUGAAGAUGAAUGGUGUUAUAUCAGUCACUAGUGCUUCUGUUGAAAGAUCAUUUUCCUGUUUUAAGAGGGUAAAAAGUUAUUUGAGAAAUACCAUGAGUCAAGGCCGUCUUAGUUCUCUUUGCAGGAUUUCCAUACACAAAGACAUAUUGUCAGAAAAAGAAGAUGCAGGUACCUUGCAUGAAGAGGUGGUAAAGAGGUUUGUUGAAAAACCAAGGAGACUUGCUUUCCUAUAUAAGUAAUGGUAUAUCUAAUAUAGGUUGGUACCUCAUAUUAACCCAUUAAAGAGCAAGACUCUUUCCUUGGCAACUAAAACCAUCUGGCUUUAGACGGAGUUAAAGAAUAAAAUUGGGUGCAUUGCUGCUUAAUGGGUUAAUAUACAUGUUUGUCAGUAUGAUUUCAGUUUUGUCACCUUUAAUUUACAGCUUAAAAUUACUUGCAUAUCAGGGAAUAUUAGAUUUAUACCACUCAAAUGUGGUGAGUCCAUGAUAAAACUCUUCCUGGGUGAAAAUAAUUUCCAUGUUAUUAUUUUACUAUUUCUAUGUUAAUUAGACUUAUACAGAAAAUUGCACCGGUGCAGAAAGUUUGUCUUGCAUUUACAUAUUAGUCUAUGGCUUAUUGUAUGUUUUUUCGUUGGCAAUGAUGAUUGUCUUUCUAGUGCAGCAUCAUAACUUUUUGA